AUGCGUUCUUUCCGUUGGACAAUCGUGCUGCCCUUUGGCGCUUUUGCUGCCAUUGGCACGAAUAACUUGCAGAGGCGUAAUUGCCAUGCAAACAAUUGUGCAAGGCAAAUUACGGGUACAGGCGCACAUAUAACUCCUGACCUAACUGCUCGGUUAGCAGAUUGUUCAAGUUAUAUGACAGCUGUGCUAAACCCUUCCGCAAUUUCCGCUACAAACACCCAGCCGGUCCCGCUCUAUGCAACUCCAUUUUGUUCGGAUGCAGCGGAGUAUAGUAGUGUCUGUUCUUGUGCUGGAGUCAAAGAGACUACAAUCACAGUCGCUACUUCGACUGCUCCAGAAUUUUCCACCUAUACUUUCACAACAACCGUCACAUCGCUGAUUGGAGGAGGGAGCCUUGGUUCCUCUGGAGAUUCAACCAGCGCCUCAUCGUCGACGGCAUCUUCUAGCCCAACAACCACAACCCAGGAUACUGCAUCAUCUACCAGUUCAACAACGACCCAGGAUAGUACAGCGGAUGGCACUACGGUUGGAUCAGGCGCAGGCGCAGGAGCCAGCACGACGAUCAGUACAACCUCUUCUACAACAACAGCUUGUCCUUCCGGUAGGGCACAGUGCUCUGCCGAUACUUGCAACGAUCUCCAAACAGAUGAACAAAAUUGCGGGCAGUGUGGUACAGUUUGCACAUCAACAGAUAUCUGCUACCUAGGCAAUUGCACUUCGCUUCUUGAUAUUUCAUCUCGCUGUGAUAGUCCCGCCUUUUGUGAUAAAGCAGAUCAGUUUGCAUGCCAACCUGGCUGUGCUGGAACUAGAGGAUACUGCCAGCCUGAUGUUACUGGGCAAGGCAGAUGUCGAAGCGAGUCAUCGAAUCCGGAAUGCGUGAACCAAACAGUGUGUGCAACAAAUGCUGAGUGCCCUGGUGGCUAUUGUAUUCAGUCGUGCUGUGCGACGCCGACUUGUUAUUUCUUCCAAGACACUUCCUUCUGCACAAAUGCAACGACAAGCAACAUUCCGAAGCGGGAUUUGAGCUGGCGAGGUCCUGACAGUGGACUCCCCUUUUGA